AUGAAGCAGUACGCGUACAAAGGAUUCGGCGCCAACAGUCUAAAGAGCCACUGGUACUCCUCCGCCGUUCGUACUGGGGAUUUCAUCCACUGUGCUGGCCAGGGCGGAUGGGUGGACGAUAAAGGGACCCAACCCCAGACCGUCCCAGAGCAGAUCGACCAAGCCUUUGUAAAUGUUGCUACCGCCCUUAAAGACGCAGGCAGUGCUGGCUGGUCUCAGGUUUACCGGGUGAACUCGUUUCAUAUCGCCUUAGACGAAGAAGCACAGGACGCCAUGGUUCGAAAUUUCAAGAAGUGGAUGCCUGAUAACCAUCCAACUUGGACUUGUGUCCAAGUUAGUCGUCUUGGUGGACCGCGGAUGUGGGUUGAGAUUGAAGUCUCAGCGUAUGACCCAGAAGGUGCUAAGAAGGAGGGGACAAGCAAGACUUAG